AUGAAGGCCUUUAUUACUGGCGCAUCCGGCUUCAUUGGCGAAGCUGUGGUAAAGGAAUUCCUCAGCCACGGCCAUCAGGUCCUUGGGCUCGCCCGAACUGAACAAAGCGCCGAGAAACUCCAAAAAUUAGGUGCUAAAGUCCAGCGCGGGACUCUUGACGACCUAGACAUUCUCAGACAAUGCAUCGCAUCGUCUGAUGGAGUCAUCCAUCUGGGCUUCAAGCAUGAUGAGUUAGCAACGGACUUCCUUCGUGUUUGGGAAGACGACCGCAAGGUCGUCACUGCGAUAGGAGAGGCUCUCGAACAUUCCGGAAAGCCUUUCAUCAAUGCUUCCGGUACUCUCAUUGUAUCGCACGCUGCAAAAGCCACGGAAGUCGACAUGCCCGAUAUGUCCAACCCUCAGUUUUCCCACCGAGCACAAUCUGACAAGCUCGUCUUGAGCUUCGCCGAGAAGGGUGUUCGCGCUCAAGUUCUGCGACUAGCUCCGACCAACCAUGGAGAAGGGGAUCGUGGCUUCAUCAACAUGAUAGCUGCCAAGGCAAGGGAAAUUGGUUAUGCACCCUACAUUGCUGAUGGGUCAAACCAUUGGCCUGCUGUCCACCGCCUUGAUACCGCCAGGCUUUACAGACUCGCAUUUGAGUCCGGAAAGGCAGGUUCUGUUUAUCACUCUGUUGCGGAGGAGGCAAUCCAGACUAAGGAAAUUGCAGAGGCGAUUGGCCAGAAGUUUGGGGUGCCGGCAGUCAGCAAGACCAAAGAAGAGGUGAUUGAUCUUCUUGGUUUCGUCGGCCAUGCGUUAGCCGCGGACAAUAUAGUCUCUAGUGAGGAAACAAGAAAGGAACUGAAGUGGGUUCCAACACAACGCGGACUUAUUGCUGAUAUUGAGGCGGGAGCGUACACUGGGGAGUCGAAAUAUUCCAAGUUUUAA